AUGGUUCAGCCUUCUGCCAGUUCAACUCUUCAUGGUAGAUUUCCAAGCACAUUCCUUAUCUUUUCAUCAAACUCAUACUUCGAGAUAGAUACAUGCGUGGAUCCGCUAUGCCUGAAUGAUCUCUCUCAACUGGGUGCAUCAGACUCAUCUGUCACCGCUCUGAAUGUAUCAGCUCCUUUGAUAUACGGCCCAAGUUCAGGAAAUGCAGCGCUUCACAAGAAUAUCCGCUCCCUCUACGCGGACGAUGUGAACAAGAUGGAGGAAUUAUCUCUCCAAGUCACUCAGGGAACCAUUUCAGCCAAUUUCUUGGUUCUCGAUACUCUUGUCGGGCCGGGAGAUCAUGUCAUCUGUCAGUAUCCCACAUACCAGCAACUAUUUGAUGUACCUCGUAGAGCUGGUGCGGAGGUUUCGCUCUGGCGAACUCGCGCUGAGAACGGAUGGAUCCCCGAUGUGACGGAGUUGACAUCUCUAGCUAAGGAGAACACGAAGCUAGUCAUUAUCAAUACUCCCAACAACCCAACCGGAGCAUCAAUCCCUCGGGCUACUCUGGAGCACAUUGUCUCUUUUGCAGCCCAGCGAAACAUCAUUCUGCUUAGCGAUGAGGUAUUUCGACCACUUUUCCACGAUUCCUCUGCGGAAGUCCCACCGUCAAUCCUCUCAUUUGCUGGUCAGUACAAGAACAUUAUUGCAACAAGCAGUGUCUCCAAGGCAUAUUCCUUGCCAGGUGUGAGACUUGGCUGGGUAAUCUCGCCAAACCCAGAACUCAUCCACCAGCUUGCAAUGGCCAGUGACUUUACGACUAUUUCAGUAUCGCAGGUCGACCAGAGUAUAGCAACCUAUGCCCUGGAAGCGCCCAUCCGCGCGAAGAUCCUCAAGCGAUCGCUAGCGAUAUGCCAUCAUAAUCUCAAUUUGUUGGAUGCCUUUAUCCAGUUGCAUGGCGACAGACUACGCUGGGUUAAGCCCACUGGUGCUGCAGCCGCAUUUGUAUGUGUUGUUGAUCGGGACGGUGUACCAGUAGAUGAAGCCGCUUACUGCGAGAGCCUAGUUGCGCAGACAGGAUUGCUCAUUGUGCCUGGUGGCAAGACAUUUGGCACAGAGUCCGAUGCCGAUUUCAAAGGAUAUCUCAGAGUAGGGUUUGUUUGUUCGUCUGAGAAAUUUGAAAAGGCGCUCAAGAUCUGGGAUGAGUCGUUCAAACAGUUGGCGUCGAAGGUAGUGAACUCACUAGAUAAACUCGAAUAUUAG